CUGCGGCUGACGUCAGCGGCUGUGUGGAGGAGUAUAGGCUGUGCUGUCAGCCCAGUGUCAGUCUGAUGAAGAUUGGCAUGCAGGCUGUGACUGGAGAUUCGGAUGUUUGGUGCGGGCCAGCUAAACUCUCGAUGUGAAGCUGUCCCAUGAUGCAACAUGAUUCCCCACCGCCUGCAGUGACAAUGAUGGCCACCCAGAGCGUUCCUCCUCCAACGUACCAGGAAAGUCAACAGAUGACGGGCACCACGCAGCAGAACUCCAAGACCCCACAGGUCCAUAUCCCAGCAGCCUCUGCAGCAGGAAAUAACUCUGUCAGUGUGACCCUUGACCCCCAGGCCCAGCUUGAGUCUGACAAGAGAGCUGUUUACAGGCAUCCGUUGUUCCCCCUGCUGGCUCUGCUGUUUGAGAAAUGCGAACAGGCCACGCAGGGAUCCGAAUGCAUCACGUCGGCCAGCUUCGAUGUAGACAUUGAAAACUUUGUCCACCAGCAAGAACGAGAACACAAGCCCUUCUUCAGCGAGGAUCCGGAGCUUGACAACUUGAUGGUGAAGGCGAUCCAGGUAUUACGGAUCCACUUACUGGAGCUAGAGAAGGUCAAUGAGCUCUGUAAGGACUUCUGCAAUCGCUACAUCACCUGCCUCAAGACCAAAAUGCACAGCGACAACCUUUUGCGCAACGACCUCGGAGGGCCCUACUCUCCGUCCCACACCAGCCUCAGCAUGCAGCAGGAACUAAUUCAGACCUCCUCUCCAUCCAUGACCUCUGUCUCCAGUUCUGUUAACUCUUCAGGGAUUGUGGUGCCUGCCGGAGGCCUGCAGCAAAGCAACGUCGCCAUGACCACCAUCAACUCACAAGUGGUAUCAGGUGGAACCUUGUACCAGCCGGUUGCCAUGGUGACGUCGCAAGGGCAAGUGUUAACGCAGGCACUACCUCCAGGAACCAUCCAGAUUCAGAACUCGCAGGUAAAUGUGGACUUGUCAUCUCUUUUGGACAGUGAAGACAAGAAGUCAAAGAACAAGAGAGGGGUCCUGCCCAAACACGCCACCAACAUCAUGCGUUCCUGGCUCUUCCAGCAUCUCAUGCAUCCAUACCCAACAGAAGAUGAGAAGAGGCAGAUCGCUGCACAAACCAGUCUCACCCUCUUGCAAGUGAACAACUGGUUCAUCAAUGCCCGGCGCCGUAUUCUUCAACCCAUGUUGGAUGCCAGUAAUCCUGACCCGGCUCCUAAAGCAAAGAAAAUGAAGUCCCAGCACCGCCCCACACAGCGCUUCUGGCCAGACUCUAUCGUGGCUGGAGUACUACAGACGCACAGAUCUCAGACUGUGAACAACUCAGAAAACCCGCUCAGCAUGGACGGCCUCCAGUCGCUGACCUCAGACUCCGCCACCCUGGCCAUGCAGCAGGCCAUGCUGGGAGCCGACGACUCCAUGGACGGCACGGAGGACGACGAGGACGAGGAGGAGGAGGAGGAGGAAGAAGAGGAAGGCAUGGAUGAAGAAGAAGAAGAGGAGGACGAAGAAGGGGAGGAGGAACAUGACAGAGGACGGCAGCUGCCCGGCAGGGGAGGGGGACGAAGAGAGCUCAGCAUGGAUGCGGGAGACGAGCUGGAGUACGUCUCUGUUAUCACCGGGUAGGUAUCCAGAAUGUCAAUCGCCCAGGCAGCGGCCAAGGCCAUGCUAUCAGAUGCCCUGCUGCAGGACGGCUCUGGGAUAUACAGGAUCAACCACCUGGAACUGGAGCUUCCUCUGGACAAGGUCAUCAAGUAUGUGUCUGUGGGCCUCCCACUAAUGCUGGUUUGCAUGGCCUUCGCCCGCGAGAUCUCCCUGGGGCCUCAAAUCAGCUGCUUCCCUCCCAGCAAUUUCACAGUCAAGCAGGCCGGCUAUGUCGACACGUACUGCUGGGAUUCUCUCAUGCAUCACGAGUUUGACGGCGACGGGAACUUUGAGGAGCGCUCUCUCUGGGUGCACAAAAUGUUUCCGUACUCCCUGUUGGCCAUGGCCAUCCUGAUGUACCUGCCGGCUCUCAUCUGGCGCCAGCUUGUCACGCCCACACUGGGCUCAGACCUCCUCUUCAUAAUAGAUGAACUUGACAAGUCUUACAACCGAUCAGUCCGACUGGCCCAAAGCAUUCUGGAUAUGCGGCAGAAUACGAGAAACCCGCUCACAUUUCAGGCUGAGCUUCAAAGAGCCAAGCGGAAGAGAUACUUUGAGUACCCCCUGCUGGAGAGAUACAUGCAGUGCAAGCAAAAUUCUUACUUCCUCGUCAGCAUGCUGUUUUUGCGGGGCUUCCUCCUCCUGACCUUUAUGACCUCUGCAUGCCUGUAUCUUGCGUACUUCCACCUUUCGGCCCUACUGCAGGAUGAGUUCAACUGCUUUGUUCGCACAGGCGUGCUGCGGGAUCAGAACUGGAUUCCUGAACUGGUUCAGUGCAAGAUGAUUGGGCAGCUGGUCUUUCAGGUGAUCAGUGUGGUCAACGGAGCAAUCUACCUCCUGCUGGGACCCAUCGUCCUUUUCAGCAUUAUUCGACUCUUUGUUUGGGACACUAGCUUCAUCUCUGUGUAUGAGGUCCUCCCAGCCCUGGAUCUCAUCAACCGCCAACGACUCGGCUGCCCACUGAAUGACCUCAACGUUCUCUUGCUGUUUUUGCGUGCUAACGUAGCUCACCUGAAGUCCUACGGGCAGGUGAGAGCUCUGUGCUCUCUUGCACCGCCUCAAGUGGGCAGCGCAACAGCCGGGCAGGGCUUGAACGCUAUGCUGACGCAGGAAGAAAUAGAGGAACGCGAAGAAGCCGCGAUGGAGCUCGCAGAAGAAAUAGGGGAGGCCAAGGAGGAAGGAAAGCUCAACUUGGUGGACAUCAUGACUAUUCUGGGAGCGGCUCAGGGAAGAGUGGUGAACUGCAGUGAGAAGAAGCCCCUAAUGGAAGAAAAUAUGAGCCUGGGUACCACAACACUUAUCUAUACACUCAAACGUAUACUUUUAGCAUCUAUUUUCAUUUUCAUCAUCUGGGACGUGCAGAAAAUCAUUAAGUAAUCUCCAGAAUGCUACUGCUGCUUACAUGCUGCUUCUCACAUUGUUGUGUCAGGAGAUUAAACAUAGAGCCAAACCACCAGGGGUACCAUGAGUUGAAGGAGACUGCACCAUUUAGUCAGUACUAGACCUUCAAUGGACUCAAUCAAUGUGAUAGCAAUGGGGAGGGAGAGGGGGAUGGACACCAGUUGGGGCUCAGCACUCUAGAAAAAAAAAAAAAAAAGAGCCUCCUUUAGAAUUUCAGGUCAAAUUGUUCUGACUAGAAAUAUCAAUCAGGUAUGGAUCUGUCAGGUUUUAGCUUCUGGGCAUGUGUAGCUGCCACAGAUCUUUCUUCUGUCUUUCAGCAGAGACCUUGAUGUAUUUUUGAAAAAAAGUGUCAAAGGAAAGUUUGUGUGGAAAACAUAAAAAACGUGGUUCUUGUAAUUAUGUUGCCAGGAUGCCACUUGUCAGGAGACAACAGCUCAGGCUUUCUGCUUAGUCAGUAUUUAUUUGAUGUCAAGAGACAAAAGCUCAUGUUAAAUGGAAACUGCCGUAUGAUUGUGCUGCAUGAUCUUAGUACUCUGUCAGUGAAUUUUCUGUGACAUCCACUGUAACAUUUAAUAAGUAUUACUUAUCCACCUUGUUAUGCACUUGCUUUUCUGAGACAGCUUGCUUUUAUAAUCUUUCUGUUAUUUUAUAUUCACUUCAACUUCAAAUAAAGUUCUUGGUGUCAGUA